AUGUAUCCCAACAAGGGAGCACAAAAUGCGCCAGAAGUGGUACCACCGAGCGAUUUGAUUCACGUACCGAAUUACACGGAUUCUCCAGAAGUUCUGAGACCCACGAGCUCGAGAUCCCCUCCGGAUGUCAAGGGUUCGAGCUCGGCGGCCAGUGGAGGUGGGAGUUAUUCCGAUGGGAACGACACGCUGCCAUUGCAUAAUGCCCAGGCCGAGGAAGAAACACCCGCCCGCAAACCAGCGAGCCGCUGGCGACGAAAACGGAACCUCUGGUUGAUGUUCGCGGCUGUUGUGGUCGCGAUAGGAGUCGGGGUGGGAGUGGGAGUGGGAAUGGGUUCUCAGGAAGCAGAGGAUAAACGGAAUGGCCAGAGUGAGGAAUCCGCAGCAUCAGCAACAAACGCAACAUCCUCCACCUCUCCCACCGCAACCGCAACCGCGACCACCUCUGCAGUGACCUCCGGCAGCACAGGCGUGGCGCAAUUCUCCUGCUCGGGAGGCGAAACGACGACCUCUUCCUCGGGGACACCGUACAUUCAAGAAUGCUAUACCAUGUACCCGGCCGCCGCGGACUCGUACUACUCCGACACCAACAACGUCACGAUGAAGAAUCUCGGCGGGAAGAAUACCGUGUACAGCGUGGAAGCGUGUCUGGAUGCUUGUGACGAGUACAAUUCCGAGGGGAAUGUUCCGGCGUGCAGGGCGAUUAGCUAUUAUGCGAAUCUCACGGCUCCGAUUGAUUUAUUUGGAGGCAAUUGCUUUUUGAAGAAUGAUCGGGGCGUGGGGAGGAAUGUGGAUGCGGUGGAUUGGCAUCAUACGUUGAGUGCGUGGCAGAGUUGUUUGAAUGAGACUUGUAGUGGGGAGAAUUGA